UUUAUAUGAAUUCCAAUCUCAACUAAAUUCUCUAACCAACUGCGACAUAUACAUUGGAAUCUGAAAAUUCACGAAUGGAGAUUUCUCGAUAUUGAUUCAGCAGCUCUAGUCCUAUUCCUACUUUUAAUUUUUUUUGAAAUCAACAAAAGACUAGAACAUUAUCAGACUUGAAAAGAUAUCAAGUAGAACACUUUAUUUAAGCUCAAAGCCUACAUUUAUACAUCAGAGUUUGAAAUUAUACAAUCACACAACUACCUCAAAAAAGUUCUAAGCCAAAGUUCGAGAUAUGAAAUCAAUUGUAUCCUCUAAGGAAUUUUUCAUUAGUCUUUGAAGAUGCCUGAUUAAAUAUAGUUUUGUAAUUGAUAUGAAAUUUCCUAAUGAGAAAAAUGAAAUUCUUAUCUCUAUGUCUUGAAAUACAUUAAAGUUUAUUGAACAUCAAGGUAUCUUUUUUUUCUUUUCUUUAAGAUAUUACAUAUCUUUUAUCUUUAUGUGAAUACAGUGAUCUACAUUUACGAGGUGCAUGUGCAAAUUUACUUGUUACAUUAAUUCAAACAACAAUUCAUCUUUUAACACUAUCAUCAUUAUCAAAUUCAUUUAAUAAUUCUUUUAUUAAUCAAUGUUCACUUGUAUCAACUCAUUCACAAGACAGUUCAAAAAUUGAAUUGUUAGAAGAUUCUGUUCAACAUAGUACAAGUUCCUAUGUUCUUGCUAAAUUUGCUCUAGCUCAACUUAUACAUGAUAUUGAUUUUCGAAUAUUAACUUAUCUUGAACAACAAUAA